UCGUAGCUUUUAUUUCUAGUUAGCGUAAAAGCCCAACUCGAGACGAGAGUCCGGUCUCGUAUUUAGUGUGUACACACGGAAUUGUACGAGGGGCUUUGCGUGGGGGUUGGAAGUGAAAGUCUCGGAAGGGUUCUGCGAGUGUAGUGCACGCGGCAGACUCCGGCCGCUUUUAUACGUUGAACAAGUGAGUCGUUUUUUUAUAUAGUUUAGACGUUGUGAAAGCCGUUGGGAUGGCGGACAACGACGAACUGGGUUCCGACGUGAUGGAGGCGUUGGAGAACGGCGAAGAGGCGGUCGGUGAGAACGGCGACGCGGAGGCGGCCGGCGGCCAGGUGGACGACCAGGAGUUGGAGGCGAUCAAGGCGCGGGUCCGGGAGAUGGAAGAGGAGGCGGAGAAGCUGAAGCAGAUGCAGACGGAGGUGGACAAACAGAUGAAUCUCGGGAGCCCGCCCGCGACCGGGGCCGCCGGGCUCAACCUCUCCUACGACGAGAAGGUCGAAGUGGACAACCGGUCCAUCUACGUCGGCAACGUGGACUACGGAGCGACCGCCGAGGAGCUCGAGUCACACUUUCACGGAUGCGGCUCCAUCGUCCGGGUCACCAUCCUCUGCAACAAGUUCAACGGCCAUCCCAAGGGGUUCGCCUACAUCGAGUUCGCCGACAAGGACUCCGUCCAGACGGCCAUGGCCAUGGACGAAUCCCUCUUCCGCGGACGGCAGAUCAAGGUGAAUCCCAAGAGGACCAACCGACCCGGGCUCAGCACCACCAACAGAGGGUUCAGAGGCCGAGGACGCAGCAGAUUCGCAAGAGGGGCCUAUUACGGAUACCGGGUGUCGAGAAGCGCCAGAGCAUACCGCCGUCCGUUCUAUGCGCCAUACUGAUUUAUAAUAUAAUACAUUUAAUUUCAACCUUAUCAUUAAUUAAAGGUAUAGUUAAGUUAGAAUGUUGCAAAUCCUUCAUGUUGUAGAAUCUUGAUUCGAGUCUACGUCGCAGAUUUUUUGUGUUCGCAGGAAAGCUGAUCAAAAACAUUUUUCUUUUUCCUUCAUUUCAUCAAAUACUAUCAACUGCCUGUCUUUUUUUAAAAAAUAAAUAUUAACAAAAAGGUUGAAAAUUUUUUUUUUAAUAGCAAUUGUUAGAACAACUACAAAAAAAGAGUGUACUAAAAGUGCUACUUUCAUCGAGGAUCUUGAACCCUCUCAAAUAAAAUGUCAUUAUUAAUAAAAAAUGAUUUAAAGAAAUGUAAACUUUUUUUAUUUUUCAAUAAUCUUUGUUAAGAUGAAUAAUUAUAGCAGGCUCAAAAUAUCACCUUGCGAGAGGCGAUUUUUUAACGACUACCCUACCAUGACAGGUUAUAUAAAAAAAGAAAAAAUAUCACAUUUUGGAUUUACAUCUUUUAAAAUCUGGCGUUUGGUCUACGAAAUCAGAAUUUAUUUAAAAAAUAAUAAUUUUCAAUUACAUUUGAGAGAAAAUGUAAAUAUUGUAUUUUAUACUAGAGUACAAAACUUAGGGAGUAAUUGGUUUUUCGGGUUUUAUUCGAGCACGACAAAAUUGUAUCAAUACUGACACUCACAAUAAAAUAGACUCAGUUCAUCGUACGAUAAGUAAAAAGAAAAAAAACCCUCUUUUGUUUUUAAUCGGUGGUUAUUAGUUUACAAUUUUAACCCUGUAAAGGUGUCAGAAAUAUUUUAAAAAACCAUCGGUGUUAAGAACAAAAGAGUUUAAAAGUACAGAAUAUCUUAGCAAAAUUGAUGUAUUAAAUUUUUUUAAAUGUACAGCACUGUAUUUUAAUUCUUUAAAUUUUACAUUUGACUGUAAAAAAAAAAAACAAGUAAUUAAUAACUUCAUUCUGUAUUUUGGUUGUAAGUUUGGAUCCAUUUUUAAAUUUUUGUCAACUUGCGAGAAAGAAAAAAUGUAAAUAUAUUUUUUUUUAAACCAGUCUUAAAAUUUUAGGAUUUUUGUUUUCAAUUUUUAUUUAAUAACCUCAGAAAAUUGCAUCAAAAUUUUGUUGAACUUCAACACAUUCCUUGAGAUGAACUUUUAAUUUAAUAGAAAGCGUUGUUAAAAAAAUUACAAUAAAUGAAAUGAACCAGUUUUUGAUGUAUUACAUGAAAAAGAUAAUAAAAAAAAAAAAAAUCAUAUUU